GCUAGCUACCCAUCCACAGCAGCUACACGGCUCAGCUAGGCCUUUACCCUCUCCCGACCUGCGCUCUUCAGGCAUCGCAGCUAGUAGGAUCCGCGGACAGGCACACACCCGUCUCUCAUCGGUGCGUCAUCUUAUUUGGAAGCGCGAACGAAGAAGAGGCCCUCCUCUCCCUCGCGGCAUCGUCUAUCGCGCGUCUAAGCAACGACUCUAGCUCAGAGGCCUUUGACUCUAUCCAUAUAAAUGGCUCGUGUACGCUGGGCAACGGUGCGACACCCAACAGGACGCUCACAAUCCAUCCUCCGACGACUUUCGAUUCGUAAACGUUCAGGUCACACCAAUACAGACGCGCAUCCCGAUUUACACGAUAUCGGCCAGAACUUUGGUGAUAAAAAUGAAGCGACAUCCGGUGGCGAGGAUACACCCGAAGAGGCGCCGAAUGUCAAUGAGCAUCGAACCAUCUAUGUCAAUAUUCCCGUCGCCAAGGAGGAUUUAGAUGAAGAGGAUGGAACCCUCAAACACACCUAUCCGCGCAAUAAAGUGCGAACGGCAAAGUAUACGGCGCUGUCAUUUGUGCCAAAAAACCUGUGGUACCAGUUCCACAAUGUCGCCAAUCUUUAUUUCUUGCUUCUAGUGAUCCUACAAAUCUUUUCGAUUUUCGGUGCAACCAACGCUGGUCUCUCUGCGGUACCGCUUAUUGUCAUUGUUGUCAUCACAGCCGUCAAGGAUGCCAUUGAAGAUUACCGUCGAACGGUGCUCGACAAUGAGCUCAAUAACACAUUAACGCGUACCUUGCAAAAUUGGCACAACGUCAACGCGACAGAUGAAAACAUCUCGCUAUGGCGACGCGUGAAGAAGGCAACCUCCAAGGCCAUCCGCCUGAUUGGUGCUCGCCGCAAGGGCGUGAAGGGUGAUCCGCUUGACUUGCGACAAGUCCAAACACGACCUUCGCAAGAGCAAGGACGGUUCAGUGAGGAUAUUCCUAUGGAGCGCAUCACAUCAGCGCGCGGCAUGGAGUCUGUACUCGAAGGCAGCUAUGGCAACAAGUACGACAACAACUUUGCUCCGGCGCAUCACAACUAUGGCAGUGUGAUUGACCCAACACGACAAAUACCAGGCAAGGCCAUAUGGAAGAAGAAUUAUUGGAAGAACGUGCGUGUUGGUGAUCUCGUCAAGCUACGCAAUGAUGAUCAGAUUCCUGCAGAUCUCGUCGUCUUGUCGACCUCUGAGGCAGAUGGAGCGUGUUAUGUCGAAACGAAGAAUUUGGAUGGUGAGACAAACCUCAAGAUUCGUCAUGGACUGCGUGCCGCUUCGAAAAUCAAGACUCCCGCGGAUUGUGAAGCGGCUGGAUUUGCCAUUGAUUCUGAGGGACCGAGUCCGAAUUUGUACAACUACAGCGCUUUGGCUCGUUGGCAAGUACAAGAUCCAAGUAAUCCACAUUUGUUUGAAGAGAAAGUGGAGCCCAUUUCCGCUGAGACACUGCUGCUGCGUGGGUGUAGUUUGAGAAAUACACGCUGGGUCAUCGGUAUCGUUGUGUUCACUGGUGAUGACACUAAGAUUAUGCAAAAUGGUGGGCUGACGCCCUCGAAAAGAAGUCGCAUCGCGCGCGAGCUCAACUGGACUGUUGUAUGCAACUUUGGCAUUCUUUUGGUCAUGUGUCUGGUGUGUGGUGUUGCAAAUGGUAUCUACCUGCGUGAUGAAUCGAGUACAUUCAACCUAUUUGACAGAGGUUCGCAAGCCGGUGGUCCUGCAGCGGCUGGUGCCGUGACCUUCUUCACCUGUCUCAUUCUUUUCCAAAACUUGGUACCAAUCUCCCUGUACAUCUCCAUUGAGAUUGUCAAGACCCUACAGGCAUUCUUCAUCUACUCCGAUGUGGACAUGUACUACGCUGAGCUCGAUUAUCCAUGCACACCCAAGUCCUGGAAUAUCUCAGAUGAUCUUGGACAAAUUGAGUAUGUGUUUUCCGACAAGACUGGCACGCUCACGCAAAACGUCAUGGAAUUCAAAAAGUGUACGAUCAAUGGCGUUGCAUAUGGUGAAGCCUACACGGAAGCUAUGCUAGGUAUGGCCAAGCGCGAGGGCAGAAACACCGAAACACUUGAACAAGAGCAACGCGAGCGCAUUGCAAGGGAUAAGCAAGAGAUGUCCAAGUUGCUACAACAACGCAUUAACCCAUACUGCAACGAAGAACAACUCACCUUCACCUCAAGUCGCUUCUUGAAGGACCUGAACGGCGCGUCAGGCGAACAGCAACAAGCUGCGUGUCACGACUUUAUGCUUGCUCUAGCACUUUGCCACAAUGUCCUUGUCGAACGCUCUGAAGAGCAACCGAACCUGCUUGACUACAAGGCCCAGUCUCCCGAUGAAGCUGCACUAGUAGGGACAGCGAGAGAUCUCGGAUUUGCUAUGCCUGAACGCACACAGCGUGGACCGAUUCUUGAGAUUGAUGGUCGUCGACAAGAGUAUAUCCUCAUGGAUGAGCUCGAAUUCAACAGUUCUCGCAAACGCAUGAGUGUCAUCUUGCGCAUGCCAGACAAUCGCAUCGUUUUGUAUUGUAAAGGUGCAGACAGUGUCAUUUACUCGCGCCUGGCGUCAUCCGAGGAAACGAAAGUCAAGACACAAACGGCACAACACCUUGAUAUGUUUGCCAACGAAGGUUUGCGUACACUCGGCAUUGCAUAUCGUGAAAUUUCGGAGCAGGAAUAUGCCGUUUGGCAUAAAAAGCACGAAGCUGCUGCAGCUGCACUGGAUAAGCGAGAGGAACGCAUUGCUGCGUCUUGUGACGAGAUUGAGCAGGAGCUCGUUCUGCUUGGUGGUACGGCUAUUGAAGAUAGGCUGCAAGAUGGUGUGCCUGAUGCUAUUGCGUUGCUCGCUGAGGCAGGCAUUAAGUUGUGGGUCCUCACUGGUGACAAGGUUGAGACGGCCAUCAACAUUGGCUACUCGUGCAACUUACUGGAUGUCAAUAUGGAUGUGCUCGUGCUCAAAGUCCCACGCAACCAGCCAGAAAAGGUGGAUGAAAUCCUCUCCUCCCACUUAGCCAGCUUUGGGCUCACCGGGUCGCAAGAGGAGUUGCUUGCGGCCCGUAAAGUACACGCGCCACCCACAGCAAAUCGUGCGCUUGUCAUUGAUGGUGAUGCGCUCAAGCUCGUGCUACAAGGCGAAACACAGCGUCGUUUCCUCAUCCUAUGUAAACAGAUGAAGGCUGUCUUGUGUUGCCGUGUUUCGCCAGCGCAGAAAGCUGAAGUGGUCAAGAUGGUCAAGGAUGGCCUUGAUGUGAUGACCUUGUCGAUUGGUGAUGGCGCCAAUGAUGUCGCCAUGAUUACGCAGGCUGAUGUCGGCGUGGGUAUCGCUGGUGUCGAGGGCAGGCAAGCUGUCAUGUCUUCUGAUUAUGCGAUUGGCCAGUUCCGUUUUUUGACCAAGUUGUUGCUCGUCCAUGGCCGUUGGUCUUAUCGACGCAUCGCCGAGAUGAUUGCAUGCUUCUUCAAUAAAAAUAUUGUCUGGACGUUCACCCUCUUCUGGUACCAAAUUUACGAUCAGUUUGAUGGCCAGUACAACUUUGACUACACCUACAUCUUGCUCUACAACUUGGCCUUUACCUCGCUGCCCAUCAUCUUCAUGGGUGCUUUCGACCAAGAUGUCAAUGCUCGCGUAUCGAUGAAGGUCCCACAGCUCUACAUGCAAGGUAUCUUGCGCCAACACUGGACGCCCUUCAAGUUCUGGACGUACAUGCUCGACGGUCUGUACUCGUCCGUCAUCUGCUUCUUCUUCCCAUACCUCAUCUGGAACAGCAUGAACCAAGGCGGCUUCGCAAACCAACAGGGUCAUACGAUCGAUUCGCUCGUGGAACAAGGAGCCUUUGUCGCAGCGCCGGCGAUUCUGACGGUCAACACCUUUGUGCUCAUCAACAUGCAGCGUUGGGAUUGGCUAUUCCUCCUAAUCUGGUUCAUCAGCAAUGCGCUCUUCUGGGCUUGGACAGGCAUCUUCUCUCAGUUUUCAGCGAAUGCGCAAUUCUACCAGCUUGCCAACCACGUCUUUGGCUCCCUUAGCUUCUGGGCGUGCUUUGUCUUGACGACUAUCGUUGCACUGCUGCCGCGAUUCUUCAUCAUUGCCUACAAGUCGCGCUUCGCACCAAGUGACUCCGACAUCAUUCGAGAGCAAAUCAGGCUCGGCUACUUUGGCGAUGACAAGGCUGACUUGCAUACCGACACGAAAUCAGACUCCAUCUCUUCUUCUGUGGGUAGCAAGCAAACUGAGUUCAAGUCGCCUACCGCAAAGGAUGGCGUGGCUCGCUCCGACAGUACGGUAACCGGUAACCCCUUUCGCGAUACUCAAAAUCCGGAGUUCGAUCCGAGCCAGAGUUCAGCGACAGCACCUCCACAUGCACAUACUCGACCGCAAACAGGCAUGUCCAUCUUUGACGACGACUACAACCACUCACUUGACGGGAGUGAGCCGCAACGGCAAGAUGAGUCGCGCUUCAGCGUGCGUUCAUCACCGAGUACGCGGACAUCACUGAGUAUCGAGCAGCCUCGCAAGACGGCAACUCAUGAACAGCCGGAGUUCGUGGCGCGCGGUGUUGUGACGAGUUUAUCUGGUAAUGAGCUGAUUUUGGCUCAGCCUGUCGAGCAGGUGCACUUCCCUAUGGCGAAACCACAACCGACGACGGCGGCUCAGCGGCAAUCGGCGACUUGGACCAUGUCAAGUCUAGCACCGGCAGCUGUUCCGAGAUCACCCUUCUUGGGCAGUGACUUUGAGCGGAUUCCUAGUGCACGGUUACAAGGCGUAUAGCAGGAGCGGAGUUUUGGAAUAAAAUGUGUUUGUAGAUGUUUGUCCUAGAU